CCAUUCCCAUCCAGAGACGUCGCGAUGAAGAUGAUGAUGAUGAUGAUGAUGCGCGCACCAUGGUGGAUUUCCCUUUUGUGCGUCUGUGGUUUGAUGCACGUCGGUCACCAGAGCAACCCCCAUUCCCAGAAUGGUGACGCUUCGUCGAACGUCAAUACGCCUCGUAAGGGAGGCGGCACGUUGGGCAAGAAGAAGCAGGACACGGUGCCCGUCCGCCUGCUCUACAGCAGACACAACCAUAGCAUGAUCGGCCACCAUGAGCUCAGCACACGUGUCAUAGGCAGCCCCGAAUCCACACAGGUGAACCAUGUGGCCCAGGCCAGCUUUCAAGUGGAGGCUUUUGGCAGGAAGUUCACCUUGGACGUGGAGCUCAAUCAUGAUCUGCUGUCUUCAGAGUACGUGGAAAAGCAUUUGUCAGAGAAACGGAAGACAGUCGUCACCGCUGGAGGAGAGCACUGCUACUACCAGGGGAAAGUCAGAGACAUUCCUCACUCCUUCGCAGCUCUGUCGACUUGUCAUGGCCUACAUGGGAUGUUUUUCGAUGGCAAUCACACGUAUCUGAUCGAACCUGGAGGAGAGGGCGGCGGUAACCACGGCGAUGUCCACUUGAUGUACAAAUCUGGAGGACCGGUUGAACUUCAUGACUUGACUUUGAGCGGUAACCGUCCUGAGCCACCCUUUCCCAGUCCUCCAUUUCCUGGCUCAAGAGUUGUUCGCAGGAGAAAGAAGAGACAGGCUCCAUACAUGUCCCGAAGUGUGGAAGAUGAGAUCAAAUACAUUGAGUUGAUGGUCAUCAAUGACCAUCUAAUGUACAAGAAGCAUCGCCUCUCCGUUGGCCACACCAAUAACUAUGCUAAGUCAGUGGUCAAUAUGGCUGACAUGAUUUUCAAGGAACAGCUAAAUACCCGCAUUGUGCUGGUCGCCAUGGAAACGUGGUCCGCUGACAACAAAUUCAGCAUCGACGACGACCCCAUGGUUACCCUGAGGGAGUUCAUGAAGUACCGCAAAGAUUUCAUCAAGGAGCGAUGCGACUCUGUGCACCUCUUUUCAGGGAACCGUUUUCACAGCAGCUGGGGCGGUGCUUCCUACAUGGGAGGCGUUUGCUCUCUCACCAAAGGGGGAGGUGUCAAUGAGUAUGGAAAAACAGAUGAGAUGGCCAUAACUCUGGCUCAGUCCCUGGGGCAGAACAUUGGCAUUUUCUCUGACAAGAAGAGGAUCCUUAAUGGAGAGUGCAAGUGUGAUGAUCGUUGGUCAGGCUGCAUCAUGGAUGAUGUUGGCUUCUACCUGCCCAAGAGGUUCUCCGACUGCAACGUGGAGGAAUACUACAACUUCCUAAACAGUGGUGGAGGAACCUGUCUGUUCAACAAGCCCCUCAAACUGCUGGACCCUCCUGAAUGUGGUAAUGGCUUUGUGGAUCCAGGGGAGGAGUGCGACUGUGGCAGCCCGGUGGAGUGUGCAAAAGAGGGAGAGAACUGCUGUAAAAAGUGCACCCUGACUCAAGGCUCUAAAUGUAGCAACGGACUCUGCUGCAACAACUGCCAGAUGGAAUUCUUGGGGGUCGUGUGCCGGGAUUCAGUGAACGACUGUGACAUCCCGGAAAACUGCACAGGAAACUCCAGCCAGUGUCCACCAAAUGUGCAUAAGAUGGAUGGCUACACGUGUGAAAAAGACCAAGGGCGCUGUUUUAAUGGGCGAUGCAAAACCAAAGACAAGCAGUGCAAGUACAUUUGGGGAGAGAAGGCCACGGCGGCUGACAAGUUCUGUUACGAGAAGCUCAACAUUGAGGGCACAGAGAAGGGCAACUGUGGGAAGGACAGAGACACCUGGAUCCAAUGUAGCAAGCAGGACGUUCACUGCGGUUACCUGCUGUGCUCCAACAUCUCACCUGCCCCACGACUGGGAGAACUACAGGGAGGCCUCACCUCCUUCUCAGUGGCGAGACACAGCGCCUCUCUGGACUGCAGUGGGGCUCACGUUUUGAUUGAUGGAGACACCGACCUUGGCUACGUGGAGGAUGGCACGGCCUGUGGGACAGAGCGCAUCUGUUUCAACCACAAAUGUCUCCCCAUCCAGCAGUUCAACUUCAGCACCUGCCCCGGGACCACAGACAAAAGCAUCUGUUCGGGACACGGGGUGUGCAGCAAUGAGCUGAAGUGUGUGUGUUACCUGGGCUGGGCCGGAGAGGACUGUAACUCCACGUCAACUCUCAGCUAUCUUGUGGUGGGACCCACAGCCUCCGUUUCAGGCAUAACCAGUACCAACAUCAUCAUCAGUGCCAUCGUUGGCUCAAUCCUCUUCCUCGUUCUCAUACUGGCUGUGACGGCCUGGUGCUACAAGAGCUACAAGCAGAGACGCUACGUGGAGUCUGAGGUUCACCGAAGAUUCUGCCGGCAAAUGCCGCCAGGCGACUACGUGACGAAGCCGAGCGACGCCGACUCCUUUUACAGCGACAUGCCGCCCGGUGUGAGCACCAACUCGGGCUGCAGCUCCAAGAAGAGGUCAGCGUGUCUGUCGCACCUUCAGAUUUGCACCCUGUCCUUCACUCCCUCCAUCCCAUCCAUCACUCAGAACAUCUCACUGUUUGGCUUCAGAUCUAAUGGCCUGUCCCACUCGUGGAGCGAGAGAAUCCCAGAUGCCAAACACAUCUCAGACAUCUGUGAGAACGGGCGACCGAGGAGCAACUCGUGGCAAGGAAACAUGAGUGGACACCGUAAGAAAGUGAAAGGAAAGAAGUUCCGUGCUCGCUCGAACUCCACAGAAACCCUUUCCCCCGCCAAGUCUCCCACUUCCUCUACAGGAUCCAUUGCAUCUAGCAGGAGAUACCCUUACCCCAUGCCUCCUCUGCCCGACGACCAGAGGAAAGCAAACAGGCAGAGUGCCAGGCUGUGGGAGACAUCGAUAUAAGAGCAGAGAAAAACACACAUCACUUCACGGGAUGAAAACAUACGCACACACACAACAAGGAAACAAAAUAAACUCUGAACGUAGACCGGGAUGAGCGACAAGCAUCUCGUCAUUCAAGAUGCCGGAUGAACCACGGGCGGCGCAGAACUGGAACUACUCCCACCCAUGCCAAACCUUGAGCCAUCCUAUCCAAACACCCCUUGUGGUCCACACGUCCAUGCUGCAUCAGUGGAUCAAGUGCAGCAUUUGUGGGUACAAAGACUAAAUGCAUGAAGCAGCGCCAAAGGACCAUUUUGGACACAACGCAUGCGAGGGGACAUGCAUUUUCAUGUCUCUCUCUCUCUCUCUCUCUGUCGCUUUCACUCUCUUUCUAUUAUAACUAACAAUAUUGCAUCAUCACUCAUAAAAAGGGAAAAUGAACGCACACCCUCUUUCUCCACCUCCUCCUCCUCACUAUAUGUUGUAUACAUAUGUAAAGUAAAUUGUACUAAUUUGUAAUUACUGUAAGACCACUAAAAGAUUCAAUGUCCAUUCACAACAGAAUGUACAAACAUAUUUGGCCCAUUGCGGAAAGGGGGGACAUUUAGACCCAAACCCAAAGUUCUCAAACUUUUUGGGUCCAGGGGAGAACUUUUUUAAAGGACCCCCUCAUAAUGCCAAUCCUAAUCCUAAUGGCAAUUAAACGUGUACAUGCCAUGUGUACCUCUUAUUGCCAUGUAUGUAUCUAUAUACAGUAGGUACGGAAAGUAUUCAGACCCCCUUACAUUUUUUCACUCUUUGUUAUAUUGCAGCCAUUUGCUAAAAUCACAUUUCAUUUUUUUCCCUCAAUGUACACACAGAACCCCAUAUUGACAGAAAAAAAUGGAAUUGUUGAAAUUUUUGCAGAUUUAUUAAAAAAGAAAAACUGAAAUAUCACACAGCCAUAAGUAUUCAGACCCUUUGCUGCGACACUCAUAUAUUUAACUCGGGUGCUGUCCAUUUCUUCUGCUCAUCCUUGAGCUGGUUCUACACCUUCAUUGGAGUCAAGCUGUGUUUGAUUAUACUGAUUGGACUUGAUUAGGAAAGCCACACACCAGUCUAAGUAAGACCUUACAGGGCACAGUGCAUGUCUGAGCAAAUGCAACUCAUGAGGUCAAAGGAACUGCCUGAAGAGCUCAGAGACAGAAUUGUGGCAAGGCACAGAUCUGGCCAAGCUUACAGAAAGAUUUCUGCUGCACUUAAGGUUCCGAAGAGCACAGUGGCCUCCAUAAUCCUUAAAUAGAAGACGUUUGGGACAACCAGAACCCUCCCUAGAAUUGGCCAUCCGGCCAAACUGAGCAAUCGGUGGAAAGGAGCCUUGGUGAGAAAGAUAAAGAAGAACCCAAAGAUCACCGUGACUGAGCUCCGGAGAUGCAGUCGGGAGAUGGGAGAAAGUCCUAGAAAGUCAACCAUCACUGCAGCCCUCCACCAGUCUAGGCUUUAUGUCAGAGUGCCCCGACGGAAGCCUCUCCUCGGUGGACGACACAUGAAGGCCCGCAUGGAGUUUGCUAAAAAAAACACCUGAAGGACUCCAAGAUGGUGAGAAAUAAGAUUCUAGAUAGAACUUUUUGGCCUUAAUUCUAAGCAGUAUGUGUGGAGAAAACCAGGCACUUCUCAUCACCUGUCCAAUGCAGUCCCAACAGUGAAGCAUGGUGGCGGCAGCGUCAUGCUGUGGGGGUGUUUUUCAGCUGCAGGGACAGGGAGACUGGUUGCAAUCGAAGGAAAGAUGAAUGCAGACAAGUACAGGGAUAUCCUGGACGAAAACCUUCUCCAGAGUGCUCAGGACCUCAGACUGGGCCGAAGGUUCACCUUCCAACAAGACAAUGACCCUAAGCAUACAGCUAAAAUAACGAAGGAGUGCCUUCAGAACAACUCUGUGACUGUUCUUGAAUGGCCCAGCCAGAGCCCUGACUUAAACUCAAUUGAGCAUCACUGGAGAGACCUGAAGAUGGCUGCCCACCAAUGUUCACCAUCCAACCUGACAGAACUGGAGAGGAUCUGCAAGGAGGAAUGGCAGAUGAUCCCCAAAUCCAGGUAUGAAAAACUUGUUGCAUCAUUCCCCAAAAGACUCAUGGCUGUAUUAGCUCAAAAGGAUGCUUCUACUAAAUACGGAGCAAAGGGUCUGAAUACUUAUGGCUGUAUGGCUAUUUCAGUUUAUCUUUUUUAAUAAAUCUGCAUAAAUUUCAACAAUUCUGUUUUGUUCUGUCAAUAAGAGGUGCUGUGUGUAGAUUAAUGAGGAAAAAAAUGAACUUAAAUAAUUUUAGCAAAUGGCUGCAAUAUAACAAAGAGUGAAACAUUUAAGGGGGUCUGAAUACUUUCCGUACCCACUGUAUGUACUUUUUAAAAAUGAUACAAGAUACUAAUUUAUUGUAAAUUAUUUUGUGGUCCCAAAGCUACGGCUCACCAACCCCCAGUUUGAGAAGCACUGCUUUACCCGCCCUUAAAAGCCUUCUUCAGUCCCAUUCCGCCAUGCGUUUGUUGUACCUCUCACUCAUUGUCUUACAUCAUUUUUUAGGUCGACCCCUUGCCCGAGAGCACCUCCCCUUUCACAAUGAGACCAGAUAAACUGCUUGGUCUGAGUAUAAAGUGGGCUACACGUCCCCAUUUUUAACAUCGUAACCCAUUUUUGCGUUCGACUGUCACACACACACACACAGUCCCUUCCAAAAGCAUUGGAACGGCAAGGUAAAUUCCUUUGUUUAGGUUUCAGAUGAAAAGAUGAAUAUGAGACAAAAGUUCAGAAUUCCAGCUUUCAUUUCAUGGUAUUUACAUCUCGAUAUGUUAAACAAUUCAGGACAGAGCACAUUUUGCUUGAAGCCACCCACUUUUCAAGUGAGCAAAUGUAUUGGAACAGACGAUUGAAUUAACUCAAAGUGAAUAACAUUUAAUAUUUGGUGUCAUAACCCUUACUUGCAAUAACUGCAUCAAGCCUGCGACCCAUUGACUUCACCAGACUGUUGCAUUCUUCAUUUGAAAUGCUUUUCCAGGCCUUUGGUGCAGCCUCUUCCAGUUCUUGUUUGUUUUGGGGGGUUUCUCCCUUCAGUCUCCUCUUCAGGAGGUAAAAUGAAUGCUCUAUUGGUUUAAGGUUUGGUGAUUGACUUGGCCAAUCUAAGACCUUCCACCUUUUCCCCACUGAUGAAGUCCUUUGUUGUGUUGGUAGUGUUUAUUGGGUCAUUGUCUUGUUGCAUGAUGAAGCUGGCAAUUUAAAGAAAAAUGGAUACAAACUAAUCGGGACAAGCUUCAUCAUGCAACAAGACAAUGAACCAAAACACACUGCCAGCACAAAAAAGGACUUCAUCA